GAGAGUUCUGAAGGUUUUGAAAGGCCUUUAGGUACGCUUGAGACCUGUCUGCUGACUGUGAUAGGGAUCACCAUGUUGGCAUGCAUACAGAGUGUGUUUUACCUACAGCCACUUCGCCUGGUCCCAAGAGUUAAGCAGAGUUGGGCUUGGGCCUUGUCUAGGGUUAGACGACCAUAUAGGAGGACCAAGAAAUUUUCCGCGAGGCUGGGCAGUCAUGAGUGGCAGGGUGUGUGGGAUAAUAUGGGCAAGCAUCUAGGCCAGUGGGCCCCUCCAGUGCUUUGGAACUUCACCACUGAACAAGUGCAAAAUCCAGAAAAAUUAGUAAAACACUUAAAUGAGGAGUGUUGUCAUUCUGGCUAUACAAGAGAGGGACAAAUCAUGGCAACAUGCUGGGGCUUGACCUAUGGUUACAGAGCCCUGUUCAACACUAUCCAGCACCUUCAAGAGGAAAAAAAUGUCCCUGAAUCUGAGGGCAAAGCAACAGUCAGUGCAGCUACUCCAGCUGCAAGCACAGAAGCUACACCAGCCACAGCAACAACAGCUACACCAACCCCAGUGACAAUUACAGUAGCUACCCAAACCCUGACAACAGAUACUGCAGCCACUCCAACCACAGUGAUAAUCACUGCAGCUAAACCAGAGGACCAAUUCGUACCAAUAUCGGUUGCCCCUCUACACAGGGGGAAAAGCAAAAAAAAAAGACAAGAAAGACAAAGGAACAAGAUGAAGAAGCAAUGGCAAGGCACUUGCUACCCAGGACAGCAUCUGAUCAGGAGUCAUCAUCACAUGAAUAAGAAGAACAAGAAGAGAUGACUUCUCGACCUUGGACUUCAACCGAGCUAUGGAAUAUGCAAAAAGAUUUUACUCAUCAACCAGGGGAGCACAAGGUCACCUGGUUGCUCUGAUGCUGGGACAAUGGGGCCGAUGGUCACAAACUAGAAAGUAGGGAAGCCAAGCAGCUGGGGUCAUUUGCUAGGGAAGGGGGAAUUGACAAAGUAAUUGCAAGAGAGAAAAAGUCCCUCAGCCUUUGAAAGCAACUCUUGGCAGCUGUGAAAGAAAGGUUUCCAUACAAGGAUGAUGUUAUGAGUCGUUCGGCCAAGUGGACUACUCUAGAGAAAAGCAUCCAGUCUCUGAGGGAAUCAGCCACUGUAGAGAUGAUCUAUCACAUCAAGCUGAACACCGGGGACGCACCCAUAGAUCCAGA